AUGGGUAGAAUGAUCAUAGAUCAACACCCUCAAAACCGUCACGAAGUAGUAAAUGCUGUUAUUAUGAGGUCUACCAUGGAAACUGCUCUUCAUGUUGCGGCCGGUGCUAAUCAAGCUGAGUUUGUGGAAAUGCUAGUCAACGAUAAAGAUAUUGAUCUUACCUUUCGAGACACUAAUGGCAACACAGCCUUUUGUACAGCUAUUGCGGCUGGAGCUACAAGAAUUGCAGAGAAAUUUCUCACUCUCACAAAACCACGUGAUUAUUUCAUCAAAACUCGAGGUGGCCAAAAUAUGUCACCAUUGUACAUUGCUUCUUCGUUUGGACAGGCUCAAAUAGCCUCAGUAUUGUAUAAAGAUACAAUAUCUAAUGUUGAUCUAGAAGCUGGCGAGUUAUUUGGUAUAUUUUUCAAUUGUAUUCAUAAUGAUAUUUACGACUUGGCAAUAAAAAUGGUUGAAGAUGAAGAUAUAGCACCGAAACUCAUACUCGCACGUGAUACAACCAAUGAAACUGCUUUGCAUAUCAUGUCUCGAAAACGGCCUUCGGAUUUCACUGUUAAUCAAGUUCAAGGAAUAUGGAGUCAAGUUUCAUCAAGAAUCUCACGUCGAUCGUCUACUGAAAUGCCAGCUCUGAUAUUGGCUAAAAAUAUUUGGAAGCGAGUUUUGGAAGAAAACGAUCACCAGUACUCAAAAAUUAGGUCUACAAUUUCAUAUCCAUUCAACUUAGUGUUAGAAGCAGCAAAAGUUGGAAACUUUGAUCUCUUAGCAGUGCUGAUUAGACUGUGUCCCGAUUUAAUUUGGGAAAAAGAUGAUGCAAACCAGACCAUAUUUCACUUUGCAAUUUUGAAUCGUCAUGUGAAAAUCUUUAAACUAAUGCAUGAAAUUGGUUUAUUAAAAAGUUUAGUACAACUGUCUGAAGAUGAAAAUGGAAAUAGCAUAUUGCAUCUUGUUGCCAAAAUACCACACCAAAGUCGACUUAAUUCUAUAUUGGGGGCAGCUCUACAAAUGCGACAUGAACUUUUGUGGUUUCAGGAGGUGGAGAAGAUUGUGGCACCUUCCCUCAGAAACAAAAGGAAUUUCGACCACAAAACACCAAAUGAUGUUUUCACAGAAGAACAUAUGAAAUUGACGAAAAACGCUGAAAAAUGGAUGAAGGAGAAUGCCAAUACAUGUAUUAUUGUGGCCACAAUCAUUGUCACAGUGGCAUUCCCAGCAGCUUUUAGUAUUCAAGGAGAAGAUGGUAAUAAACACAGCAGUUCUCUAAGCCCAGUUUCCCAACCAAGUAGUGAUCAUAUCUCUAUUAUUCUUUUAGUAUCAAAUACCAUAGCCAUGUCCUUUUCAUCAAUAGCUGUAAUGCUUUUCCUGUCCAUCAUGAUAUCACGUUUCACUGAAAAAGAGUUGCUUUGGACCUUGCCAUGCACCUUCGUAGCUGGACUCUCUUUGCUUUUCAUCUCUGUGGCUGCCAUGAUGGUGUCGUUUUGCUUUGCCUCUUUCAUACCCAAUGGAUUUGUAAGGAUAGCUAUCUUCACCUCUUGUGUUCAGCUUGUGCCGAUUACUUUGUUUUUGUAUCUUGUGUAUCCUGUCCUUCGUGAUACAGUUCAUUCCACUUUCUUUUCCCAGCAUGAGUUCAACCCAAGAAACAAUGUUCUCCAAUACUAUGAAAUGUAA